AUGGAUAUUCCUCCUCUUGAUGAUAAUUCGCUACUUGCAUCAUCAUCAUCGGGAUCCCAUCAAACAUAUAAUUAUCCAAAAAUUGAACCUCUCGGAGAAGGUACCUAUGGUGAGGUUUAUAAAUCCAUCGGACCUAACAAACAACUGGUAGCCUUGAAAUGCAUCAAAUUGGAUCAACUCAAUGAAGGUGUUCCUUGUACGGCCAUUCGAGAAAUUGCCAUCCUCAAGGAAUUAAAACAUCCCAAUGUUGUGAGAUUGGUCGAUUUGGUACACUCAAUGGAUCAAUUGACACUUGUAUUUGAAUAUUGCAAUUAUGGAGAUUUGAAGGCAUACAUUAAUAAUGUUGCUGGGGAUGGAAAGGGCCUUCCUCCCAAACAAGUGAAAAACUUUAUGAGACAAAUGCUCAAGGGCAUUGAAUAUUGUCACAUGCAAAGUGUGCUUCAUCGAGAUUUAAAGCCACAGAAUAUUCUGGUCAAUGCUGGGUCCACAUCGGCGACUGGUACGUCGUCUUCUCCCGCUGGCAGCAGUGCAACUCACAUGCAGCAAAAACAGUUUAUAGGCGGCAGCAGCAGUAGCCAUAAUGGUCACCGAAUGACGAAUAAUCCUCCUCAAAAUGUCCCAUCUACGGAUAAAAUUGAGCUCAAACUUGGGGACUUUGGAUUGGCUCGAUCCUUUGGAAUUCCAGUGAGGAAAUUGUCACACGAAGUAGUCACAUUGUGGUAUCGCUCCAUUGAUAUUUUACUUGGAAGCCAGUCGUACGGCUACGGAGUCGAUAUUUGGAGUUUAGGUUGUAUAUUUGCAGAAAUGGUCACUGGUAAACCUUUAUUUACAGGUAAAGAUGAAAUGUCACAAUUAGCGAAUAUCAUUUCAAAGAUGGGUCUACCGUCUGCAACUGAUUGGCCAGAUGUGAAACAAUUACCGAAUUAUGACAUUCUCAUUAACAAGAUUGCCAGAAAAACCUCAAUUCCAUGCCAUGGUCGGAUUUCGAAAGAACAAUUUAGCAAAGAUAUUUUACACAACAAGCUAGAUCCUGCAGGAGUUGAUUUACUGUACAGAAUGUUGGAAUAUGAUCCAAACAAGAGACCAUCUGCCACAGAGUGUCUCAAACAUCCUUACUUUAGCACCAACUAG